AGUUACGGCUUAUUGCAUCCCGCGUGUGUGAUGGGUCGGCGCCGCGGGCAGCACUAACCACGGGUGUGUGUGUGGUGGGGUGGCCUGGUGAUGAGCGCUGUGUUUAGAAAGCUGUUUUGGGCAUCUUUGGUUUGAGACACCGCGUUGUGAUGGGUCACGAAUCAGUGAUUCUGUGAGUUGGCACCUUUGAGGACACAAUGAAAUACACGUGUCUCGAAGUGCUGGCCUAACGGUGUGAGCUUUCCCCUCCAAUAAAGCUGGCAAACCCAAGUGAGGUGUGUUUGUGAGAGGUUUUUGUAGCACUGAGGUAGUGCAUCAGGCUGCUUUGUCCAGCUCAUGGCAGCAGCUGGGUGCCCAUGGCUCCAAAGACCCCACAGCUGUGCUGCACCCCUGGCAGUGCCGUCCUCAUCCCCACGUGGAGCCAGCAGGGCAUCGUGGGGCAGAUGUAGCCACCGGGACCUGCUGAGCCAACCACAGGCUGCAGCAAUGGCAGCCGAGCAGCUCACAGCCCACGCAGGAGCUGGAUGCUCUGGCAGUACCAUGGCCUCCCAGUGCCCGCCUUGCUGUAGGGCUGGAGAAGCUUUGUUUUCUUGUUAUGAUCACGAUGAAUGAGAAGGUGACCCAGCACGAUGGGGACAGUGACAGUGGGGUCACCUCCACUGGUGCAGGUUUUGACAAGCGUGGCAUGCAGGCUCCUGUUCAUCUGCAUCACUGGGACAUCCCCCACAGACAUCUUCCCCAUCAUGGUGAUGCGGGGAAAUGGUGCUGGGAUACCUAGUGAGAGACAGGACACCUGGCAGACGCGUGGGGCAAGUGACAGAGCUCUUUCACUGACGUUCCUGUUCAUGUGAAAUGACGUACCGAUUGUAAAAAAGAUAAGUCCGACACACGUUUCCUUUUCUGUAAGCAUGAACUGAAGAGAAUGAACUGACUGCCUUGUGGGUUUACACACCUUGAAUAUAACAUCUGUCACGCAGAGGAAGAGGCACUUUGAGAUUGUCUGCUGUUAGAGUGAAGACCUUGCUGGUGGCUUGGUGCUGAAAGGUAAACUAAGUGCUGGAUUAUGGAUGGGGACCUGAGGAGCCUGCUGGCCGGAGGAAAGCUGGAGGACUUGCCGGUGGAUUACCAUUUGUCACUAGCAAUUAACACCUCUGCACCCUAUGAUAACAUGUACUACCCUGAACUGGACAUUGACUGUGAAUUUGAAAGUAUUCCAGCAUUUGCAUCUUCAUUUUUUCCAGUGCUGUACUCCAUAUUGUUUGUGGUCGGUCUCAUAGGAAAUGCUUUGGUUGUUUGGGUCCUAACAGUCUUCAAGAAGAUCAGGGCCAUGACUGACGUGUAUCUGCUGAACCUCGCCAUCUCUGACCUCGUCUUUGUCUUCUCCCUCCCUUUCCUGACUCAGUACUCCCUGGUAAGCCAGUGGACUUUUGGCAACGCCAUGUGUAAAAUUGUCAGUUCUGCUUACUUCAUUGGUUUCUACAGCAGCGCCUUCUUCAUAACCAUCAUGAGCAUUGACAGGUACUUGGCCAUUGUGCACUCUGUGUAUGCCCUGCAGGUCCGGACAACCACCCAUGGAGUCAUCGGAAGCCUGGCCCUUUGGGCAGUAGCCAUUUUAGCAUCAGUGCCAGGCCUUGUGUUCUUCCAGGAAGUGGAUGAUGAUAACAGGACACUGUGCAUCCCUCACUACCCUGGCAGCGGCAAUGGCUGGAAGGUCUUCAGUAAUUCUGAAGUCAACAUCCUGGGGUGGCUGUUCCCUGUGAGCAUCCUCACUUUCUGCUACCACAACAUCUUGAAAAACCUGCAGAGGUGCCAUACUCAGAACAAAUACAAAGCAAUGAAAUUGGUUUUUAUCGUUGUCAUUGUGUUCUUCCUGUUCUGGACCCCCAUCAAUAUCGUGCUCUUUUUGGACUCUAUGAGGAGCUUGCAUAUCAUCGAUGACUGCCAGACUAGCCAAAGGCUUGACCUGGCCCUGGAGCUGGCUGAGACACUCUCCCUCGUGCACUGCUGCCUCAACCCCAUCAUCUACGCCUUUGUUGGGGAGAAGUUCAAGAAGUAUCUCUGUGAGGCUUUUGGCAAAUAUACCCAUUUUCUCUUGAUCUGCAAAGGACACGGUGCCUUCAACAGACGCAACACGGACAGACACACCUCUCUGUACACAGCAUCCUCACAAUCCUCUUUUGUUGGUAGCAUCUUGUAGAGCUGCAAGGCAGAAGUUCCAUACUUUAGACUUCACUUGAAACUGAGAAAUUCCCCUAAUAUACUUCAAUAAAAAUAGUCUUUCUGUUUCCUUGUAGGUGGAGGUUUCAGUGCAAUGGUGCAAUGGCCUGUUAGCAAAGUAAGACUACAAUAUCACACAAUACCAGAGCAAGCUGUAGUGCACCUUGCUCUUUCAUGUGUUCUGUACCAUUCUGAGCAGGGACACCAUUCUGUCCCGUGCUUAGCAAAUGUGAAUGAGAACUUCAAACACUGAAAUUCACAUUGCAAAAUUCAUCAGAUACCCCCUGCCCACCAGCUGAAUAGUUUAUCAAAGAAGAUUUUUGCCUCCAUCACAGGGAAGUAUGGGGAUGCACUGUUAAGGCAACUUUUUAGGACAGGAGGUACCAGAAAAGUAGAAUCAUUUGCUUAAGCCUGCUUGUAUCAUGCUUCCCUUUGGGAUUUUAUUUUUUAGCAUCUUUUUUAUCAUCUUUCUCCCUUUCCAGUAGCUCUUUCUGCCCAACUGACUUUGUGGAAGUGAGGCUGAAAAAUUAUCAACAGACUCCACACAAAGACGUAUGCUCUGUCCCUCCAGCACAGGACACAUGGUCCUCCAAUAUUCCUAAUAAAAAAAUGAAAACCUUGAAGGACGAGAAGAUGCAGCCUCUCUAUGCAGAUAGGUUGUCAAAGUCACACCUCAGUAUUCCUUCACCUAGAUGCUGACAAAAUACAUGUAUAAUAUUUAUUCUUUUUAAUGCUUAUUUAAUUCCUCAUGCCUCCUGAGUGAGCUGCCCCUCUGAGGGAGACAGUUCAUCAUGGACUACUUGCAGAGCUGGCUGCAACAUCCAUCUUAAAGGAAGAUGCCAAAUGUGUCCAUUAAAACAACUAACUCUCCCCUAAGGAAAGGUCAGUGGUUUGCAUACAAAUACCAAACGGAUGGUGGUUAUGGCACUGGGGCUGAAAGCCACUGCCUUCUGGUCUGCAUGAACAAAUGUUUGAUUUUGGAGAGUGGAUGAGAGCAGAUGCUAUUGUCUUAGGAAUGUUUCUUCCCUCUGUUCAGGCCUGGUGUUGGGAGGAACAGCUUACAUUUCCAAGCCUGGGACAGCAGGCAGCUCUUUCCCUUGUCUCAGCAGAGUGAAUUUAUUCUACAGGCAGUGGCUGUGCUCAUCACAGGGUUGAGAGCAUGCUUUGUGAAGGGAAACAGUCCCUCAGUUUAAGGAAUCACUCCAGGGCCUAGCUCCUACCUGAUAUCUAAGCAAAGUUUCCAGAUAGAGCUUAGUGAAUGAGUAAUUAGGCAAGCAGCAAAUAAAUUACUGUUAUGUGGUAAAAGUCAUGGGUAAAAUCUUCCUGGGGAUCUGCAGGAGGUAGCACAAAUAUUGACAGAUAAAUGUAAUGGUGUUUUUAAGUUUUUGUUCCUGGUCUAUUUUUCUCUACAGGAUAUCACCCUAUUUGAAGUUUUAUAAUAAAGAUUCUUCCUGCAGUGUAAAUGCAUGAUCCUGGCACCUGAGAACUCCCCUGUCCUAUCACUGAUUAUCUCAGAUUGCACAUUUUCUUCUACCCUGGCAGAUUCACAUAACUGACCAUUCCUCCAGCCACCUCCUCUCUCU